AUGGAAGUAUAUACCGUCUCCGCCGGAAGCCGUGAUGUCAUUCCGGUAAACGAUCAUGAGCAUAUCAUUGAGAUGAAUGAGACAGCCGGCACGGAUCUCUCGGGGACGCAUAAUCAAGAAGCGCAAGAAGCCACAAAAGAUGAUGAGGAAGACACCCCACGGGUCCGCGAGCUCAAAGGAGAAAUUGAAUGUUUGAAAUUUAAAAUCACCGGUCUAGAAGGUAUAAUAGCCCAAAUGAAUGCCGCUUUCACCAGGCUUGAGGAACUUAUUAAUGUUUUGGCUGCUGGCACCGGAGGAGCCGAUAAGAAACAAGUGAAAUCUCCAAAUGAAGAACUACGCAAUGAUUGGGGAGGAAGAGCAGUGGGAGCUAUAACAGUUGCUUAUUGUUUCUCUGCUAAUCCAUUUCCUGACUUAAAACAUUAG